AUGACGGUAACACCGGAAAGACCUAAUUCCAGUGUCGCUCCACAGGUAACAGUUAUCGUGUUAACUGCUGGAGUUGUAGGUGGGCUUUUUAUCGUACUGGCUGUCUUUAUUAUAUGUAAAUUCUGUGUGAAAAGGAAAAAAUCUUUGAGGAGCAGCCCGUCUCUGGAGCCCUUGCCGUCAUUUUGUCCUCAACAGUUGCUCACCAUGGAGCCAGAUCACAAGGACCAGGAGCGAUGUCUUGAGGACCAGGAACCAUCAGAAAGAACCAAAUUUAAAGAAUCCAUGAAACAAAUUAAUGAAAGUGAGUAUACAAAGGAAUAUACAGAAGGUGAUUUCCAUUACUUGAAGACUCUCCGAGUUGAGAAGUUUAGUACACCAUUUUGCAAGCAUUCCUCACUUGGAUCCCAAAACAGCAUGAACAAUGAUAGCACAGAUGCAAAGAAUUUUGUGUGCAAAAGUUCGGGAAGUUUGGACGGUAAAUGCGUCUAUGGUUUUCUGAUGCCAACAACCCUGAGUUUGUCUCGGCAGCAGUGCAUUGAAGAAUCCCCCUCUCCGACGAACAGGCCGACUCAAACAGAGAUCUUGGUUGAAGUCCAUUGUCAACAAAACGCUAACUUGACCGAACAUUGUUGCAAAGAAAACGGGAAAAGUUCGCCGCCACCGCCGCCUCCGCCGCCGCUUCCGCUGCCAGCCGUCUCGGCAGCAACGAGAGCAGCGGCAUCGGCAGCAGCCGUAGUGGCAUCAGCACUACCGCUCCCAUCAUCAUCCUCAUCGUCGCCGUCGCCCACGGCACUGCCUCUCCCGCUACCUCUACCUCUACCCUCACCGACACCGCCACCAUUACCACCCCUCACCUUAUCGACGGUCCCUACGAAGUCUUUACAAUCACACAGCAUGGAUACGGUGAGCCCCAUCAAAACGUGGCAACUCCCUGAUAGCAGCAGCAUGCAGGUUUAUGAUGAUACGACUGAUUACGAUACACUGAAGAUAACGGAAUUCACACGAGGUCCCUUCCACAACGCUGAUUACGAAUUAGCGUCAGAUGUCGGUUCGCCAAAGGUACGCUACAACGACACGGGGAGUUUGGAGCAGCUGAAUGACAGGCAUCUUGAGUUUGCGAAUGAUUACGACCAUGCAGGUAUAGUGUCGAACGAGAGUGAUGAUACGGAAACGUUAAACGGUAGCCAAAGAUAUAAGGAACUGUGGAAUCUGAGGGCUACGCUGGAAGAAGAAGAGGGGGAUUGUAGCGAUACAAUUCGAAUGGAAGAUAACUCAGCUGACCAGUCCCCAGAUAUCGGACACGGUGCUUCGAAUACAACUUCGUUUGAGUCGAACACUGAACCCGUGGCUCAGCAGAGUAGCAGCAGCCCUGUCACUUACACUCGAAGAGAAGAGAGGUUCUUACUAGAACUCCAACGUCACUCAAGUAACCUUCUCCAUCCGAAUUACGAAAGCAGGCGCCAAUCCUACAAAGAUAUCUUACACCGAAGACUUCAGAGACCCAAUCAACCGGUAGCGAGUGGGGACAACAGCUUCGAUAGCGUCGACACAGUGGACACUGAUGGGGAAGUGUCCGAUACGAGUCGACACGAAGUAACAACCACAUCAUUUGAAUCAACCACUGAUAACACAGACAGCACUACAGAGAGUCAAACCAGUAAACUACGACAAAUGAAAGCAGACAGUGGGUAUAAAUCUUUAGAAACACAAAUCCCUUCCCAGAAUAGCUCUUUGAGAAGGUCGCCAGGACAUUCUCCAGGUCAUUCGCCGGGACAUUCACCUGCUGGCACUUCCCCAGGCACUUCACCCGGAAACUCAUCUUGUAACAUGGACAUUGAAAGUUGUGUUGGUACAAAGACUCCAAUCAAGCAAGCUGCACCUCCUCCUCCAGUGACGGCUCCUGCAUCAGAGCCGGCCACGCCCACCCCUUCGUUCCAAAGCUCUGCUCCUGAUACUCCGGUCAAGAAACACAAGAAAUCGGCAGGUAACUCCCAUUUCGAUCGAAGAAAUGGUAAAACUGCUUCGAAGAAGAGACGAGAAUAUAGUCGAGAACGGCAAGUGGUUCAAGUUUAUGACAGCAUCAAUGAACCGGAAACAGAUUCCAAAUCUGACCAACCUUCAGGAGACAGCUUUGAAGACAACUCCUUGUCUGGAAAACUGUCAGUUUUCACUCGUUUCUUUCGGGCCCAGCAGCGUGAGCAUAAGGAACGAUCUUUAUCCAGAGAUUAUAGCAUUGAUGAGAAAUCAAACGAAAUCUUCAACCAGUUUCUUAGACAAGACCCUAAAAUGGAAGGAGGUAUUAGUAUGCGACGAUCGCCGAGGACCCAUCCACGUCAUCGGCUUACGCGAAAGCAUACUGACCCGUCAUUCUAUGAAGUACACCGACACGACCGUCUAAGUCCAAGUACACGCAGCGCCAGCCUGGGUAGUGACAGUAGUGCAAGCUCAGUGCGACGAAUGUCUCCACAAGAUAGUAUAGAAGAGGAGUAUUCGACUGAAGAGAAACCAGCGGCCGUAGAAUGGACUGAAGAAGCAGGGAAAUGUGAAAGUAAAAGUAGCGAAUCAUUGCAACCAGUCCCCAUUCAAGAUAUUCCAAUUAUAAAACUGCCAGAAGAGGAUAUAACUGACGCCUAAAGCUAAACAAAUUGGUUAAACAUUUUGGAACCUGAUCUUGUUGGAUAAUUUGGUCAUAGGAGGAAGUUGUGAGACACCAUGAUGUGAAUUCAACAUUGGCAGAAACAGGUGUAAAGAAAUAACAAUGUAAAAGAUGCAAACAUGAACCAGGUGUAAAUGAUAUUUAUAUAUAAAUAUAUAUAUAUAUAUAUAUAAGUAUUUAUAGCAGAGGAAACAGGUGAAAUAUAUAUAUAUAUACAGAAUGUGAAAGAGCUGUGAGAAACUAACUGCAAAAAAUAUAUGGAACCAAAGUGAUACAGAUAAAAUGGUAAAAUGGUUAAAAAAAAAUAAACGUAAAUGAAGCAAAAAAACAAAUGAGUGAGAUGGAAGAACUGUGAGAAAAUGGAAUGCAACGGAUGUUGCUAAUUGAGAUAAUUGAACCAAUCAAUAAACGAGACAUAAAUAACGAAAUAAAUAUAGAAGAUGAUGAAACAGAUGUUACAGAUGGAGCAUAAAACAAACAAGGCAAAUAAUAUAUACAUAUGUGAGUGUGUGUGUGUGUGUACAUGCAGUAUAGAUAUAUAUAAAUGUUUUUUUAUAUAUAUACACGUAUGCAAAUACACACAAACACACACACCCACACACAUAUACAUGCACACACACACACGUGCAUAUAUACAUACAUAUUAGGGGAGAACAGUUGUCAAAGUGGAAUUUGAAACAAAGAGAUGUGUGUCCAUGCAUGUGUAUUGUGCGUGUGUUUAUGAGUGUUUAUAUAUGUGUGUGUGUGUGUGUGUGUCAAUAUAUAUACAUACACUUAUAUACAUAGAUACAUAUAUAUACAAA